CCUCGAACAGCACAGCAGCACAGAAGAUGGAGCAGACCGAGCUACCGAAGCCAGAAACCCUGGAGGAGUUGAUCAAAACUCUCCACAAGAUCUUUGAGAGUGACAGCGUCAAUGUGGAGGAGGUGCAGAGCAUCAUGGAGUCCUAUGAAAGUAAACCUCACGAGUGGAUGAAAUAUGCUAAAUUUGACCAGUACAGAUACACCAGGAAUCUUGUGGAUGAGGGAAAUGGAAAGUUCAACCUGAUGAUUUUGUGCUGGGGUGAAGGACACGGCAGCAGCAUCCACGAUCACACAGACUCGCACUGCUUCCUGAAGCUGCUCCAGGGUCAGCUGAAGGAGACACUCUUCGACUGGCCUGACCGCAAGCUUCAGGCCGGCAUGCAGCAGAAGUCCCAGCAGGUGCUGCUGGAGAACCAGUGCGCCUACAUUAACGACUCCCUCGGGCUUCAUCGGGUGGAGAACGUGAGCCACACGGAGACGGCCGUCUCUCUGCACCUCUACAGCCCACCCUUCCAGACCUGCCAGACGUUUGACCAGCGCACCGGACACCACAACAACGUCAGGAUGACCUUCUGGAGCAAGUUCGGCGAGAGGACGCCGUAUGAAAGCACCGUUUCACAGGAGAACAACUGAGACGAGAGAAGCACGACGGCGCUCGAUGGAAACUUACACAUUAAAUUAAAACCGCAGUGAUGUUUAAAUCUUGAUCCAACUCUUUUUAAGAUUCGCAGAGGACAGUGUGAAGAGGGUGUCGCUGGUAAUUCAAGUCUCUUAAUCGUGGCCUAGUUUAGCUCGGCCGCAGGCCUGAAUAGACGCAUUAGUCCAGCCGUUCUCCCAGCAUUCCUGUGUAAUCACGCUUUUGUACUGUUAUGGGACGAGAGUGUGUCAUUUAUGAGAAGAAUCUGUUUGUUGGCCGAAUGAAAGCGCUGUGCUGAAUCCAGCUCCAGCAGAACACAGCACUUGCUCUCCGUCUCCACGCGCUCUUUUAUUGCCUUUCCAGAUCAGCCUCGACUAGAAGAGCUUGUUUAUCAAUCUUGCCGUCGGUAAUCAAUGUCUUGUGGAACAAAUAUGGUCUUUGCAUUUGUAAACUGGAGCUUUUAUUUAAAAUGGACCUUGAAUCUAAGCUGGAAAUUCAUUUUUGUCUUAACAUUGAAGUAAAUAAAAUGUUUCCCAAAUGUU